GGGAACACCUGGGGAGCAGCUGCCAGGCCGCGCAGAGCGCACCAGUGGGCACUGGGUUAAGAUGCCAGGAAGUGCAGACCGUGGACCUCACAUCCCGCCUCCCGGACCCCGACCCGCCGCCGCUCUGUGCGACCCCGAGCGUGGCUGGAGCGUGUCCUUCGUGGGCUGCGGCUUCCUGGUCUUCUACCACCUCGGGGCGACCCGCUGCCUGAGCGAGCGCGCCCCGCACCUCCUCCGCGAUGCGCGCAUGAUCUUCGGUGCCUCUGCUGGGGCGCUGCACGGCGUCACCUUCCUCGCAGGUGUCCCUCUUGACAUCACUCUGAAGUUCCUCACAGACCUUGUGGAGUCCGCCAGAAGCCGGACCAUGAGCAUCCUCCAUCCGUCCUUCAACAUAGUCAGGUCCCUCCGGGAAGCCCUCCACAGACACCUCCCGGACAACGUCCACCAGCUCAUCUCAGGCAGAAUGUGCAUCUCGCUGACCCGAGUGUCCGACUGGGAAAACGUCCUGGUGUCCGAGUUUCAGUCCAAAGACGACGUUGUGGACGCCUUGGUCUGUUCCUCCUUCAUCCCUUUCUUCUUUGGCUUAAUCCCUCCGACCUUCAGAGGCGUGCGGUACGUGGAUGGAGGGUUUACUGACAUUAGAUCCUGCUUUGAUGACAAGAUGACCAUCACCGUGUCGCCCUUCCUUGGGGAGCAUGACAUCUGUCCUAAGGUCAAGUCCACGAACUUCCUGCAUAUGGACGUGUGCAGUCUCAGUCUCCGCUUCUGCUUGGAGAACGUCCACCUGAUCAACCAAGUCCUGUUCCCCCCGGAUGUGAAGGUGCUGGGAGAGAUGUGCCUGCGAGGGUACUUGGAUGCGGGCAGGUUCCUGGAAGAAAAAGGCAUCUGUGACAGGCCCCGUCCGAGCCCGAGUGUGCCCUCGGCAGCGCCCGAGUUCCUUCCGUUCUCCUGGGAAACCGCGAGCCCCGAGGCUUCCCCGGGGGCGGCUGCCUGGCAGGGGAGGCCCGAGGUGGCCGAGCUGCUGGCCCACCUGCGUGUCAGCCUCCGGCCCUGGGACGAGAGCAUCCUGGAGACCCUGUCGCCCAAGCUCAUUGCGGGCCUGAGUGAGGCACUGAGACCCCGAGGUGGCUGCUGGAGCAAGAUCUGCAGCUUCCUACCGGUGAAGGUCAUGUCUUACGUGAUGCUGCCCUGUACGCUGCCCGUGGAGUCCGCGCUCGCGGUGGCCCAGAGGCUGGUGCUGUGGCUUCCCGACAUCCCUGCCGACGUCCGGUGGCUGUUGUCCAUCACCUCCCAGGUUUGCUCUCGAGGGAUGACGCACCUGCUCCCCACGUCAUCGCGGGUGUAGAUGGACAAAGAGAGAAACAGCUGUUGCUGUGUGUCAGUUACUCUUAUUGAGUUUUAUUGAUCUCCCGAAGCUCUGUCCUCUGAAGGGCCUAGAAGCCCAAAAGGAAUGAGCACAGUCAGCACCAAGACCUUGGCUUCUAAACACCAUUCCCCGCAAACAGGGGAAAACUCUGGGGGAAUGACUGAUUGCGGGGCCGAGCAGGACAAGCACAGGGUGAGCCUGGAACAUCGGACGGCAGAAAGCAAGUGUUGAAGGAAAGGCGGAGACUUGUCCAAAGGAUUCAGGAGCCAGCUUGGCUAACUCUGGGACAGUGUGGACGCCAAAACACAUCAUUUGAAUAACAGGUUGUUCGUGGAAUCAGAGUCUAGCCCGGCCGGCGAGGCUCAGUGGAUUGAGCGUCCCCCAUGCACCAGAGGAGCCUGUGAGUCAAUAAAUGAGAUGAAGGAAUAAA